CCAAGACGAUUGUUGACAGGCCGAUGAGGAGAAUGUACAGUAUAUAUAAAGAGCGCCUGCCUUCCGCAGACCUUCACUCCGGAUGUCAAAGCGGCCGAUGCGUCGCUUUUCCAAAGCUGCAGCCAACGGAUGUGUACCUGCCCGCCAUGCUCAACCUCCAGCUCUACGUUCGACGUCUCAUCCGUCUCGCAUCCAUCUUCACUCUCACCAUCCUCCUCACCCUCCCUCUGGCGCACGCUCAAGAUCCACCCGUCCCAACCUCCGUAGCCCCCGACACCGUCCCAACCGGCGUCGCCACCCCCAGCGCAGUCCCAACAACCCUCGCCAACCCACCCCCGCCACCGAACACGCUCAUGACAACACUCCCUUGCACAGCGACAUCCCCGCGCAUGCGCGUCGAGUUCCGUCAGUUGACCGACCAGCAGCGCCGGGACUACCUUGCGGCUGUUACUUGUUUGCGCACGCUGCCAUCGAGGUUGGGCGCACAGGGGAGUCGGAGCGUGUAUGAUGAUUUUGUGUAUGUGCAUAUGCAGAGUGUGCCGAUGGCGCAUAAUGUGGCCGCUUUCCUCCCCUGGCACCGCCCGCUCGUCUCCCUCUACGAAGCGGCCCUGCAAACCCUCUGCAACUACACGCACGCAAUCCCGUACUGGGACUGGAGCGUCGACGCCGGGCGGGUCUCCACGGCCCUCGUAUGGAGCGUGGAGUACUUUGGCGGAUCGGGGGACCCAGACAAUGGGUACUGCGUGACGACGGGCCAUUUCGCGAAUGAGAAUGCGGCGUACCCCGACAUGCAUUGCUUGCAGCGGAGGUUUGCGGCGGGGGAGGAGGCGAGUCAGGUUGACGGGGAUAUGGAGGCUUCUCAAUAUAGCCCCGUAGAACUCCAAUGGAUCCUGCAACAACCCACGUACGACACCUUCCGCCGCGAACUCGAAAACCACCCGCACAACAACAUCCACGGCGCCAUCGGCGGCGACAUGCCGGGCCUGAUCACCAGCGUCAACGACCCCAUCUUCUGGCUGCAUCAUGCUAAUCUCGAUAGGUGGUGGUACCUCUGGCAACAGCGCAACCCAGAGCUCGCCAACACGUUCAGCGGCAACAGACAGCGGGACGCGCAGGACGCUAACGAUGCGACGCCGGACGAUGUGAUGAUAUACAGUGGGAUCUGGCCUGAUUUGCGGGUCAGGGAUGUGUUUAAUACCGUUGGCGGGGCGAACGGGUUGUUGUGCUACAACUACUCCGCCUCCCUCCCAACCCCCAACAUCACCAACCCGCUACUCCUCCGCGUCUCCCAAGACUCCCUCCCCGACGCGCAACCGCAGGCCGCCGCCGUUCGACUGCCCCAUGUCCCCGAUUCGGUCGUUGCUGCUGUUGCUGCGACGGCGGCCGCCGCCGCCGCGACGCCAACCAACGGCGUAAACGCUACGACGACGGCGAGAAGGGGUUUGAGAAGACGCUGGCGGGGGAGGAUGACGGUUGGGGGCGAGUAG